AUGACUACCUCAGGAACCGCAACACCGUCAACGACCGGUCGUCGAAGGGGCAAGCAAGACACCAACAGGAAAACCGAGAUAGACAGGACGACAGGACACCAUGAAAAUGGAACAUUCCCACCGGCAACUGUCGAGGCGACUCCACGACCUCUCCCAACGGCCAGCGUCACCACAUCCAGAACGAUGUCCAUCCUCCAGAUCUGGGCACCCACACUGGUCCUGAUUUUCGGCGGCUGCUGUUCCAACGUCUAUACGCUAGAAUCGCUGAUCCAAGCCUCGCCCUCUUCCGGGCCGCUGAUCACGGCGUUCCAAUUCCUUCUCGUCGCCCUGGCCACAGCUCCACGACAUUUCUCCUACUCCCGCGGCUGGCGGAACCUGUACCUCCGCGAACGCGCGAUCCCGCUUCGCAGAUGGCUCGUCUACACUGCAUAUUUCCUCAGCAUCAACAUCCUGAACAACAUGGCGUUCAAAUACCAGAUCAGCGUCCCGCUGCAUAUCAUCCUACGCUCGGCGGGGCCGGUGACCACAAUGGCGGUGGGCAGAAUCUGGGGCGGCAAAAGAUAUCCUGCACAAAAGAUUGUCGCGGUGAUCCUUCUGUUUGUCGGCGUGGUUCUGGCCGCCAUCUCGGAUUCCAAGUCGAAACAGGCUGCGGUGCAAUCUCACGCAGAAAUCGACACCGGAAACUUUGAGCCCUCGUCAUCCUCUAAUUCAUCCUCAAAAUCGGCAAUCUCGUCUCAAGCCCCUGGAUUUGCUCUUCUCGCUUCUGCCCUGCUCUUGGCAGCAUGCAUGGGUCUCUACGCGGACGACAUGUACUCGACAUACGGCCGGUCCGGAGCCAUCACGGCCGAAACCCUGUUCUACAGCCAUGCCAUGUCUCUCCCUUUUUUCGCCAGCCAGACCAAACCUCUCAUGCAGGAGUUGGCCAGCAUAGCCACGUUUUCUGGGCUCCACGACACCUGUACCACUAGCAGGAGUCGUGACAGUGAUCGCAUGGCUUUUGAUCAACCCAGUUCGAACUCAAGCUUGACAUGGUCGAAUAAGUUCAUUCCGUCCUUCGACAGCUCUUUUUUGUCGUCGGCCUUCUUAUCAGCCUCGUAUUUGCCUACUCCCAUCCAGAUUCCACGCCCGGUUCUUCUCCUCCUCCUCAACGCUGCAACGCAACUCCUCUGUAUCGUCGGCGUGAAUCGGCUGUCCGCACAAUCCUCCUCCCUGACAGUCAGUAUCGUGCUGAACAUCCGCAAAUUGGCCAGCCUGAUGCUGAGUAUCUGGUUGUUCGGGAAUGAGUUGCCAAUGGGUGUCUUGAUUGGAGCUGGGGUCGUCUUUGUCGGUGGCGGUAUGUACGCUUUGCCGGCGAGAUCUGGGGGAGGUCGUGCGAAGACCGAGAGCCCGACGCCCAUCCAGAAGGAGGAACAGAAGCAAAAGAUAGGAUGA